AUGACAGACAGUACCGUAACAACAUCUCCCUUCCCUCUUCCCAGGUUCGCGCAAGAGCUCCUGUCCACCUUUUCCACCUCCCUCGGCGAGGUGGCCCUGCAGCCCGCAACAGGCGGCGUGUUCGUGGUAGAGAUCGUCUCCGCCAUGGCCGACGGCGACGGGCAGCCGUCCACGCAGCAGAAGGUCCUGUGGGACCGCCAGACGGACGGCGGCUUCCCCGAGACCAAGGAGCUGAAGCGCCGCGUGCGGGACGUCAUCGAGCCCGGCCGCGACCUCGGCCACGUGGAUCGGGACCACGGCGCAAAGGCCGGCGGCUCAGACGCCCCAGCCCCGGACUCGGCACUGGCGUCCGCCUCAGGCGCAUCGGCAUCGGCAGCAGGGGGUGACGAGAAGCCAGAGGAGGAGAGGACGGAGCAGCAGCAGCAGCAGCACCACCACCACCGCCCCCGCCCAGGCGACCUCCUCAAGGACGCCAUCGAGCGCUCGCAGCCGCGCCCGCCGCCGCUGCACUCGCAAUGGGGCGGCAACCCCAUCCAGCGCGUCAACCCCGGCGGCGGUGUUGGCGGCGUGCGGCCGCUGGUGAAGGAGCCGCCCGAGGUGGCCAACAACAUUGUGCGGCAGAAACUUGCCGCAAAGGAGCGGGCGCGGCUCGAAGCUGAGGGCCAUGCUGGCGGUGGUUAUCUGGGAUCGGACGACGCGUCGGCAUCUCAGGAGCAGAAUGCUAAGGCAGGAGAGCAGGGCGAGGAGAAGAAGGAGGUGUGCGAGGACUGCUCAUAG